GGAGAGGGCCGUGGCAGUGGCCCUGUCGGUUGGUUGCAAUCGGCUACGCCCUGCGGUUUCACCAAAACCAGCCGCGCAAACAACCGUUUCCUUUUCAUGGACAGAUAGGAGAGGAGGGGGGGGGGAGAGAGAAAAAACUUCCUUGCAGCAAGGAUUCUGUUUUCCUGCUCCGGCAGUGUGCGGGCUCCGUCAUCGGGGAGGGAAGAGCAAGCAGCGGUGGAGAAGAAUCCCUGGGAAUACACACUCUGCAGCUUGGCAGGACUCUUCCUUGGGGAUGCAAGCCUUUCAUCUCUCUUUCUUGGGGAUUGGCUUUGGCACAAAGCGCUGAAGCCGAGGACCCUCCUGGAGUCGUUCUGAGAAAUUCGGGUGACGGCAAAAGCGUUUCUGGGGUCUUGACACCUCUCAUGCAGGGCCCAGCUCCUUCCCACAUCUGCGCGCCAGAAGGCUGAAGGGACGGACAGCCUUCAAGAGGCAUUUUGGGCCUCGGCUGUCCGAGAACACCACUCCAUCCCCGUAGCCAUUGCCUACGGUCGUCGGACCCUUUGCAAAUUGGGUGUCGGAAAGAAUGCGCCUCCUCAACUUCCAACUCUCCACCAGCUUGGUCCUACUCAAAGGGGAGGAAGGUGGAUAAAGCAAGCCCUGAGGACGAACGAGCAAUCUGGAAGCCUCGCUCUUGCCUUCUUUUGCACAUGGAUUUCUCCUCUCUGCCUCGUGGGUCUUUGUGCGGCCAGAAACUUCCCAGCAGCUGACUUUGAGAAUGAAUGGCGAUGUACUCUAGCCAUUCCUAACGCGCUCCUGCACCUGCCCUUCCACCGACAGACCCAAUUCAAUGUCCUGCAGCUGAUUUGGGGACGCUUGGAUCUUCUCCCAAGAGUGGCUGCCGGCGUUGGGUGACCGUCAGAUAUGACAGUCCAGAAACUGAUAGCCACAGCCGUGUUGGUAGCGCUGGUGUCCCUGAUUCUCAACAAUGCGGCUGCCUUUAGUCCCAACUGGGUGUACCAGACCUUGGAGGAUGGGCGUAAACGCAGCGUGGGGCUGUGGAAGAUGUGCUGGCUGGCAGAGAAGGGCAAAGGAGGUGUGGGCGCAGGUGCCAAGCAUGGGCAAGGGGUGGAGCAUGAAUGCGAAGCCCUGGGCUGGGGUUCAGAGCCCGCUGGCUUUCAGGAGUCCCGAAAUACUGUCAAACUGCAAUUUGACAUGAUGCGUGCCUGCAAUUUGAUUGCCACCGUGGCCUUGACAGCCGGUCAGCUCCUCUUCGUGUUGGGAUUGGUAGAGCUGCCCAUUAUUUCCCAGGAUACCCAGUGGUGGGAAGAAGCCAUCGCUGCUGUGUUCCAGCUUGCCAGUUUUGUUCUGGUCAUUGGUCUGGUGACUUUCUAUCGUAUCGGACCCUACACCAGCUUGUCCUGGUCUUGCUAUCUGAACAUUGGGGCGUGUCUCUUAGCCACAUUGGCUGCAGCCAUCCUGAUCUGGAACAUCCUUCACCGUCGGGAGGACUGCAUGGCGCCCAAAGUCAUUGUGAUUAGCCGCACGCUGACCGCUCGCUUUCGGCGUGGGCUGGAGAACGACUACGUCGAGUCCCCGUGCUGAGAACACGUAGAUGGGAAGAGGGAGAUGAUUCAACUACCACAGGCGGAUCAAAAAAAAAAA